AUUCUACGUCAAACGUUAUCCUAUAUCUAGUUUUAUCUUUAUUCUAUAUCUAUAUUCUACAUCUAUAUCCUACAUAGUAUGACUAUAUUAUACAUCAAAAUGCUAUAUAUGCUUCCCGCUGGUCAACUGUAGGUGACCCCAAGUUAUUUUCAGGGUAGCUGAUAAACUGCACUGCCUGUUUAACGUGGUCUGGGUGAAUAUCCUCUUUCUACUUUGCAUUUGUCUCUGAGGCCCAGUAGUGCAUGGUAUUCAUGCAGUUCAUAUUAACUGUGUAAAGUGGAAGGAAGAGCUUGAACACAUUUGUUCGAGUUAUUAUCUUAAACUGCAGGCAAAGACGUUUCCACAGACUUUAUCCGUCACACCAGCUACCUCCUCUACAGUAAGAAUAUUUUUUACUUGAAUUAUACUGGUUUACUUAAGAAAGUAACAUUCCUAUAUCAAGCACAAUAACCAAUUAAUGUUUUAAAAUGAAUACAAAGAAUAGACAUAGGACUCUUGUUCGUUAAAAUGAAUACAUAUUUUGUUUAUAUCUGUAGAACAACGCCCUGAGAGAAACAGACUAUGAAUCUUAGAACAGCUGCAACAGGCUUUGUAGCUUUCCUUCUGUCAGUACCAGCAUUACAGGGUAAUGAUGACUGGGCAUUUACUUACCCAUCAAGUAAUAUCUGCGCUUUGAGAGGAUCAACAGUUGAAAUCCGCUGCAAUUAUAAAUACCCUAAAGGACAUGCAGUGGAGAAAAUACAGUGGUUUACUAAUAAACACGAUGAGCCAGUUGAUCUGAAAGAUGAUACAGACUAUACAGGUCGUGUUGAAUACAGCUUUCCAGAGCACAGGUGUCGGUAUUACAGCUGUACUGGAACGUGUACACUGAGGAUCAGAGGCCUGACACUGAGUGACUCUGCUGAAUACAAGUUUAGGAUUACAACAAACCAUGGAGGGGCAUAUAGUGGUCUCCCUGGAGUGAAGUUAUCUGUGACAGAUCUCCAGGUGAAAGUGGUCAUUCCUCCUUCCAGUCCUAACAGGGUACAGCUGGAAUGUCACAGUAUGUGUCAUCCUGCUGGUUAUGAUGGCUACAUCUGGUACAGGGAUGGAACUCAACGACAUCAAGGAAGGUUCACCUGGUUCAACAUUAACUCUGAAUACAGGACUUCAUGUGCUGUUCAAGGAUCCGAACAUCUCCCCUCUCCAUCAGUGUACGCUCCAGAGACCCCCUCAGUGGGAUGGACUCCCCCUGGUGUAAUAAAGGAGGGCAGUUCAGUGAAUCUGACCUGCACCAGCGAGGCCAACCCAGUAGCAAAGUACACCUGGUCCAAGGUUACUACAGGUCAUCCCCCCGGACACAGUGUCCAAGGACAACAGCUUUCCUUUCAUCCCAUCCAGUCUUCAGACUCUGGACAGUAUCUCUGCACAGCUGAGAAUGAACUAGGGACAGAAACUUCAUCCUCAUUCUCUAUUGAUGUGAAAUAUGGGCCUAAAAACACUUCUGUGAUACCAAGUCCCCCUGGUGAGACAAUGGAGGGAGGUUCAGUGACUCUGAGCUGCAGCAGUGAUGCCAACCCAGCAGCUGACUACACCUGGUUCAGGGACAACCAACCUCUGCUCUGGGAACCAAGGCGACCUUAUACCUUGGACCCAGUCCGCUCUAAAGACAGGGGAACGUACCACUGCCAAGCAGAGAACCAAUAUGGAUAUCUGGGCUCCAACUCGGUUUUCAUCGAUGUCCUGUACGCUCCAAAGACCCCCUCAGUGAGCGUGAGACCCCCUGGUGAAAUAAAGGAGGGAGGUUCAGUGACUCUGAGCUGCAGCAGUGAUGCCAACCCAGCAGCUGACUACACCUGGUUCAGGGAACAUGGAGGCUCAGUGGAAGAAUUAGGAGAGAACUACACCAUCAGUAACAUCACAACUGAGCUUGGAGGAAAUUAUUACUGUGAAGCUCGUAAUGCAGUUGGACUUCAGAAUUCAACUUUGAUGUUCCUCAAUGUGACGGCCACAUCAUCAUCGUCAGUGACUACAAUAACUGUGGUUAGAGGUACUGUUGCUGUUUUACUGGCCACCAUACUCCUCCUCAUCUUCCUCUGGAUGAGAAGAAAGACGGCUUCUAGGAAAGCAGGUGGCCAGGGAGGAAGGCCAGAUACCAGGGAGGAGUCUCCUCCGUGUCCUGUGUAUGACAACGUCUCAGCUCUGACCAAUCGCUCGGCUUCUGCAGCACAGAGAGAACCAAUAGAAGAGCAGGAUGACCCUCACUAUGCCAGCAUCCACAUCUCUCGCUCUAAGAACCAGGAAGUGCCUCGUGGGUUUGCUGGUGCUCUGGUAGAGUCUGAUCAUACAGAGCAGGUCCUUUACUCUGCCAUCAACCUUAAAAGACCCAAGGCUGUCCCUGAUAAACUGAUGUCAGAUACCACCAUCAAAUAAACAGCCCAGUGUUGAUAUAGAUUCAGCAUUAAAUGGGUUUUAAUAACAUCUCUAGCAAUAAAUGUGUAUUUUAUCGUCAUAAUCUUUUUCCAUUGAUUGUAUAUAUCGUUUAGUAGCUUAGUUACUAAUUAUAUUUUUCUUGCCACAACAAAACGCUUUCUAACAUUGCUUUGUUGGUCGAUAUGGGUGCUGCUAUCACAAAAAAUACACAUCAAAUGUAUACAAAUUUUGUUGACAUUCAUUUUAUUCUCAGUGGUAAAUGCUUGUUUCGGAAUUAAGAUGCGUUUGAUAACAUGUCUCGCGAGAAAUGUGUUUUUUAUUUCAGUGAUUGUAUAUGAUGUUUAGUGAGUAACUUAAACUGCUUAUGGUGUUUUUCAUGCUUCCAGGCUAUUUUCUGUUUAAGUAAUGACCUAAAUUAUACAUAAAAACACGUAUUUAAAAAAUUUGGAACCAUGCAGGCUGGUCUCAAAAAACCUUCAGAUAAUAUCUUAUGAAAAGUUACGCAAAAUUUUCCGUAAGAUUCCGACAAAUGUCUGGCAACACGAGUGAUCAGUGCGCCUGUACAAGCUCCAAGGAGUGCAGAACCAGAAAACAUUGCA